AUACCAAAACGUUUUGAAAGACUCGUCGGCCAUUAACAGUAACGAGCGUUUUGUUGUCAACGUGCAGUUAUUUAACUUCUCCGGUACGCUUAACUGAAACGAUUCGAAACAUUCUUGAACAUCGAAGAACUGGAAGAUCUCAGUUUCGAAGACGACCUUUACGGCGAAAUUUCGAGCUUUACCAAAGAUAUUAGGACCAAUACAAGGUGCAGCGACAUGGAAGAAGAUGACCUGCCUCUGACGAAAUAUCUUCUCCAGUUUAAUACCGAACAGCAAUGGGAUUCAGAAGAAGAAAUUAGUAUUGAAAGUUUUGAAGGCAACACAUGUGCUGACCACCUAGGAUGGGAUAUGGAUCCGGUUGAUUUGGACACAGAGAUAUUCGAUAUUGUAGAGGCUACUCCUGAUAAAACAGAUGCUUCCAGCAAAGAGGAGCAAGUAAAAGAGUUGAAAGGGAGAGUGGAGAAGUCGGGUCCCGUCAGAGAGACAAGCAAUGUGGGGAAUUUACAAGAGGACGUAGACUUAAGCUUAUUUCAUGAUAAGAGUGAUAGCGGUAAGAAACAGGAGAUCAAGAAAAAGAACACUGCGGGUAAAAGUCUUUCGAAAGUUGAUUCAGUUCCUAAUGGAAGAAAAUCAACAAAAAGUCAAACACAGUUUAAGAUGGCUGUAAAGAGUGUUUCUAAUUCAACAACUGAGCCUCAGAAAUCCCCGACCACUGCAAAAAGUCAGGCCGAGAAAGCUAAAGAACAGCGUGAAAGAAAGAAGAAAUAUGUUCAAGAACUCCAGGAUAACAUAGAAGAACUGAAGAAAGACAAGGCUGACUUACAGCAGGUCACUGCUCAGCUAAACGACAAAUUAGAAGCUCUCACGGAUGAGAUCCGCUACUUAAAAGGUGUAAUCACCAAUCAAAGUGAAUUAGCCAGAAUUUUGAGGAGUGUGGCCAACACUCCAGGGAUUUCACUCAGCUGCGGCAUAUUGCAGGACUGUGAGGAGGGUAAUGAUGGUAAGACAAACAAGAGAAAAUGUGGUGAUGCUCCAAAUGAUUCUGGUAAGAAGGGUGUUAAUUUACGUCAAGAAAACAGCAAGAGAAGGAGAGUAGACAAGACAGCUACUGGUGAAAUCAGUCCUGUUGAUGCUGGGGUGUGUGUUCAUGUGCAGAGUGGUAAAGUAUCUCUUGAGUUCUGUGCAGAGUGCAGCAAGAAAGCCAACAGUAUCAUAAACUGAAGUGAACCAAAGCUAAAGGGAAAUGUAAUUAAUUAUUGCAUAGCUAUGAAGAUCCCUCUUCCCAACAGUAGUUAGGGAUUCAGUCGAACUGUUUCCACAUGACUGCAGCAAACUCAGCGUCAGUCAUUCAGGCUAGCAUGGUGGGCCUUUGUCUUGUAGUUUAGGGAUUUGCAGCUAUAGUAUUGGUUUGUACACAGUCAGGUAGAUUUUAUUGACUACAAGUAACUUGGUAAGUUGCUUAUUACUGGCUUAAAUCAGGUUAGUGCUGUACAAUUCAAAUCUGAACAGAAGCCAUUUAACUCAAAGUCAGGAAAUUUUUCCCAUGUCAGUCAUUUGCUGCAGUCAUUUGGAAACAGAUUCCCAAGAGAAAGCCGGCGCCUUUAUACAAGGUUGAUAUUUAGCACUAACAAAGGGAGUGAUCUCCCACAGUCUUUUCUCCUUGCAGGUUUCAACCAACAUUUGUGGACAUUUGAUGUUGACACAUCUGGGUUAGUAUCGUAAAAAUAGUUGUUACCAUGUAGCAGCUAUAGAAUUUUCUAGAAGUAUAACUUUGUAUGUUUCUAUGAUGUUUAUUGCAACCUUCACCUUUUACAAGGUUGUUUAAAAUUGGCGAAACAAAACAAUGCCUGUGGCCCUAAGAACAAAAGAGGUGCAGAUUAACAGGAACAAAUCAAAAUAUUAAUUUUAAACUGGUGCAGAUCAACUGUGAAUGACUUAACUGCUGAGUAACCUGCAGUGUUUUGCUUUCAGAAUGAAGUUCAACCUCUUACUGACCAGUACAAUGAGAACUAACAAUACUAAUAACUAUUUUUAGGGAUAUGAUCCUCUGAAAUCAGUUUUAUCAAAAAAGAAAAAGUCUAUGUUAUUUUGGGUACAGAAAAAAGUAAAUUAAUUAGUUAAAGUGGCAGAAUUUCUAUUUUGAAUAGUUAAGGUUUUUGGUAAUGUUAGCACUGUUUAAUUAUUGUGAAUGUAAUGUAGAAAAUGUCAUUAUGUAUGACAAAAUCCUGUACAGAAACAGGGAAUAAAAAUACUAUGACAAGCUGAGGUAGUCUUCCUAGUGAUGCAUACUGCACAUUACUGAUUUUUUCAGUAAAUUAUAUGAAUUGCAAUGAUCUUUUUUCACAGAUGACUACCUACUUUGUUAAUUUUCAAGUGGCAAGAAAUAUUUAUGUAGCACAAAUAUGAGCAGUCAGUGAGCAAACAUCUAACUUUAUUCUUAAAAUUCUUUUAACUAGUGCUGGAAUGAAUGCACUGUAGCGGAUACUUGCAACUCCUUGCACCCUCCGGAGUCAAGUGUCUUUCCUUGGGGUGUGGUUUUAGUGUAAGUAAUGUUCCUUCACGGUUUAGUAAGUAUAAGUAUGUGAGGAACACAGGUAAUGGUUGUAAUGUAAGACUGUCACAAAAUACAUUCUCUUUUUGUAAUUUAUCUUUAAAGGGACUCUUUUAAUUGCAUUAUUCCUUCUCAGUAACAACAGAUUUUCUUAGGAAGAUGUAGGGACCUCCUCCUCCUCCUACCCUCCCCUCCCUCCUGUCCACCCACCAUGCCAAAAGAAAAGUUGUCAAUACCAGUAAUUUGACCUUCAGAAGCAUCAGCAACUCAGAAACAACUUUCCAUCACCAGGAAAGUGUGUCGAUUAAGCUAGAGGUUUGCGCAGGCCUGGGGUGAAACAGUGUUACAUGUUUAUUUACGAUUAACGUAAUCUUAUCACUACAUGUACAUACAACUUACGGUAUAUUGUUGUACUAGCCUGUUAUAAAUUGUAGCAAUUCAUGGAAUCUGAAUUUGAAUAGAAUAUUUUUCUCUGAUUUUGAACAUGAGAAUUCAGAAGGACCGAGGUAAAAUGGUGUAUGUAAGAACAACUUUUUUUAUAUAUUAUUAAUUAUGUAGUGGCAAUGUUACUUUAAAUUAAGAAGUUUGGGUACUACCGGUACAUGUAUGUUACUAGAAGCUGAGAACAGAAAUGAUACUACACAAUCUUAGCUCAAAAUGGUUAUAUUGUAAUGGUAAAGCGAAACUGGUUUAGUAAAGUUGUGAAAUAAAACAUGAUUAUGCCAGAUUA